CAGAGUGAGUUCUGCAGGGUCAGAGAGCUUGGCUCUAAGUUUGUGCUUUCCUCAUGGGUCAGCUGGGGGUGUGUGAUGACCAUCCUGGAGGUGAGAGCACCACAUACAUGUGGGAAAGCCAUGCUCAGCGUUGACUGUCAACAGAAGCCUACUUUUUCCUCACACCACUGUCCUCUCUACAUGGCAGGUUUCAGCUAGGCCAUGGCCACACAGCAGUCCUCCCUCCUCCAUCCCAGCUGAUGCCAGGACACAAGGCUUUCUCCAUUGCUUCUGAGAUACCACCCUUCAGGCACAGGGGGGCACUGAGCCAAAAAUGUGGGAGGGACAUGGACCCAGCAUGAGUGUUUGGGCCUUUGAACACACUGUAUUGCCUUUGAUUUGGGUUUCCUUUUUUUUUAACAGUGUUCAGAAGAGCUCGAAGCCACAUGGUGCCCAUCACCCUGGAUGAAGCACACAAACACUCGGAGCUUGCUGUGUCCUCUGACCGCAGAACAGUCCAGCACAAGCCACCUGCCCAGCGGUCCAUCACCGAGGGCCAGCUCCCCGUUGUGGUGGGGAGGGAGGGCUUUGCCUCUGGGCAGCACUACUGGGAGGUGCUGGUGGGAAAUGGUCUGGACUGGGAGCUGGGGGUGCUGACGGAGCCUGUGAGGGGGACACUGAAAGAGAGGAGGUGGGAGGAGCUCCCUGAGGAUGGGGUCUGGUCGCUGAGAAGGGUGAGGGGGGAGUACUGGCCUGAGGAGGCCAAUGACAAGAUACUGUCAUGGAGCAGUGUCCAGCUACCAGUGGUUGGGCUGUACCUGGACUUAGAGCAGAGCACACUCUCCUUCUACAACCUUGGGACUUCAUACUGCAUCCUGGAAAUCCCCAUCAAAGGCCUUGAAGGGUCCACCAAGCUGUACCCCUUCCUCAGGCCAGGCCUUGGUGAGGCAGGAGAGGAGGGGAAACCCCUCACCAUCAACCACAACACAGACUGGGACUUCCCAAACAGUCUGGUCCAAAAUAGUACAAGAACAUCUGACCUGAGCUUCACUAAACCUCAUGGAUUCUGUGAAGAGGGAGAAGGGAGAGGGUAGGGGAACAGCAGAGCUGGUCAGUGAAAGUCCUGCUUUUCUCCAUGCAAACCCUGACAGUGAGGGUCAGACAAGUCUGGACUGGGAAAUUCACCAAGACCAAGAACCCCACCUGAGCAUGACAUUUGCGGUGCCACGUGCUCCAUCCCCUCCCCAGGGGAGACAUGGGAAGUGAUCAACCUGGACCUGUGGAUGCACCCACAGCUUCUGCAGUGACCACUGCCUUGGU